UUGUCAAACAGCUGAGAAUGAUUAAAUGUCAAACUUUAAGAUUUACCAAAAAGUGUCUUAAAAUUAGUGUAAAAAAUAUAAUUGAUAUUUGAAUUAAUUGGUUUGCAAAUAACAGUGAUACUAUGACUAAUUCAAAUAAUACUCGUAAUUUUAAAAUAGUCUUACUUGGGGAGGGCUGUGUUGGUAAAACUUCAUUAGUUUUGAGAUAUGUUGAGGAUAAGUUUAAUGAUAAACAUAUAUCUACAUUACAGGCAUCUUUCUUAAAUAAAAAAAUAAACAUAAAUGGGCAAAGGAUUAAUUUAUCAAUUUGGGAUACUGCGGGUCAGGAGCGAUUUCAUGCAUUAGGUCCUAUUUAUUACCGUUCUUCUAAUGGAGCCAUAUUAGUUUAUGAUAUUACCGAUGAAGAUUCAUUCCAAAAAGUGAAAAAUUGGGUGAAAGAAUUACGAAAAAUGUUGGGGACUGAUAUAUGUUUAGUUAUAGCUGGAAAUAAAAUAGAUUUAGAAAAAGAACGAAAUGUGCCUAUUGAAGAAGCUGAAUCGUAUGCGAGUAAGGUAGGAGCGAUACAUUUUCAAACAUCCGCUAAAAUGAAUCUUGGAAUUGAAGAAAUGUUUAUAAAUCUUGUACAAAGGAUGUUGGAUAAAUCUGAAGAGCAAAAUGCCGCAAAUAAAACAUUAUUAUCAAGACAAAGUUCACAACGAGGGACCGUUUUUGUUGCUGAAAAUGAUGAACAGACCGAAAAUACUGCAAAUGUAUCGAAAUCAUGCUGUUCUAGUGGAUAAUGGACAUUUAAAAAUAAUUUGUUGUUAUUACCUGGAAUUUUGGCCAAAUUUUGUUUAUAUUUUAUUUUGCAAUAAGAAAAAAAUUGCAAAAAUUGGCAUAUAAUAUAGGAUAAUUCAGGAUAAAUUUUUCAUUAGCUUUAAUUAUUUCAAAUAAAUUUUGUUAACAAAUUUUAUUAUAAUAUUCCUCUCUUUUUUUUCCAAUUUCUCAAUUUAUUCUGAAGGAUCCUAUAUAUUUGAACUCUAGAAAAUAUGGCUUAAAAAAAUUAUAACA